UAUCGUCCGCACGUCUCGGAAACGAGAAAACAUGGCGGCGCUAGAAACGUGUUGAAAGGAACGCCAGUGGAUAAAAACAUGUAACUUUCCAGACUUUUUGGGUUGUUUGUAGUCUCACACAUUGGCGUGCAUGGAGGCCAGACAAGUUACAAGCGUGUACGGAGAAGUCAGCUCUCUCCCGACGCCGGUUUGUGCCGACGUACGCGAACAACAACAACAACAACAAGAAGAAGACAUUCGUGUGUUCACAGUGACUGCAGGGUGGAGUCAAACAGAUGCGGUGAGAGCCUCCAGACUUUGCUACUCACAGCAGUGGACUCUGAUUUCAGCCUCCGGAGACCAGCGGGCCGUCAGGACAGUCCUCCCACCAGGACCGUGUGUACCUCUGCCUGCAGAAUUACUAAGCGGACUCUCGCCCGUUGGCGGUCUAAGGGCCGUGGUCCUCGACUCGGGUGGUCACCAGCUGCUGGAGAUUUGGGACCAUCGUGGCCUCAGGAAAUGCCUCAACCUGACCGCCCUCAACAAACAUGGCGGCGUGUACGACGACGCUCACUUUGGUGGUCUGUCAUGGUCAGAGUGUGAGAGCAAACUUCUUUACGUAGCGGAGAAGCUCAAGAACACAAAUGAGUCAGCGCGGGGGAAGGUAUAUGACACGCGCACGCGCGCGCACGGACGCUCUAAUGCCAUCUUGCAUGUGUACAAGCAGGACAGGAGCGUGUACUGCGACGACUGGGGCGAGGCUCUGACCAACAGGAGCACACCGGCCGUUUGCGUGGUCGGUCUGCACAGCGGGUCGGCGGACGUGUUGCCGGGUGUCCCCGCCGACGUCUCACCUGGACAGGCUCUGUGGGCUCCGGGCGGCCAAUCUGUGUUUUUCAUCGGUUGGUACCACGAACCCUUCAGAUUGGGACUCAAGUUCUGCUCCAAUCGCAGGUCAGCUUUGUUCCAGCUCUCCAUGGAUGGACAUUGUGAGCGCUUGACGGGGGACAACCUGUCAGUUUCCUGUCCCAGGCUGAGUCCAGACGGGUCUACGCUGGUCUACUUGCAGGGCCAGGUUUUUGGGCCUCACAAUCAGUGCCUCAGUCUGCAGCAGUUGGACGUGAACAGUAGGAAGACGUCCACACUGUUGGAUGUUGUCCGUAGACCACAGAGUGACGGCUUUGCUGGCGUUUAUGAAGCCCUGGCGUCCAGCUGCUGGUCUGCAGACGGUCGGAGAGUUGUGUUCAGCAGUGCCUGUCGGAACCGCAAGGAUCUCUUCAUGGUGGACAGGGGGUCAAAGAAAGUGUCCCCCCUCUCUUGUGGCCUGGUUGAUGCCACCAAGAUUUAUGGCAGCUGGAAGCUUCUCACCAUCCAGAAGGACCUGAUGAUCGUGUGUUGCUCCAGUCCCAACACACCGCCAACAAUGCUGGUGGCUUUCCUCCCUUCAGCAAGUGAAGCUGUGACCUGGCUGCCCCUUCAGGAGCCCAUGAUGACCUUUGACUUCCUGUGGACUGUUCUAGAUGUCGAGCCUCCGCCAGAAGAGGACAACGCAAACUACCGUGAGAUGGAAACGCACAAAGAGGGUUUUUGCUCGGGGGUUGCUAAAAGUUGUGCGCUUGUGUUUUUAGCCGGGUUAACGUUUGGAGCGAUCUCGGUUAAACCGCGCAGUCCUCACCGCGGAGCUCCGACACCACUCGUGGUCUUCAUUCAUGGUGGGCCGCACUCUCAGUUUGCUGCCGAGUGGAACAGCACCACUGCUGCUCUGGUCUCUCUCGGCUUCGCUGUACUCAUGGUGAACUACCGCGGCUCCACGGGCUUUGGCCAGGACGGCAUUCUAUCCCUCAUCGGUCACAUUGGAAGCCAAGAUGUUAAAGAUGUGCAGAGGGCCGUGCUUGCCGCGCUGGACAGCGACACGACUCUUGACCCCGGGCGCGUGGCUGCGAUCGGCGGGUCCCACGGCGGGUUCCUGUCCUGUCACCUGGUGGCUCGGUACCCGGACUUCUACAAGGCGUGUGCAGCCAGGAACCCCGUCAUCAACGCUGCCACCUUGCUGGGCACCAGUGACAUCGUGGACUGGCGUUACACCUGUGUGGGCUUACAGUACUCGUACAACCAGACGCCCACUGCAGAAGCCUUGGCUGCCAUGUUGGAGAAGUCGCCUAUCAUACACGCUGCGCAGAUCAAGGCUCCGGUGCUUUUGAUGCUGGGAGGAAGGGACAGACGGGUGUCUCCUUAUCAAGGUCUGGAACUCUAUAAAGCGCUCAAGAGUCGGGCAGCGCCUGUCAGGUUAUUGUGGUUUGCAGAGGACGGACACUCUCUGUCCAGAGUGGACACGCAGGCCCAGUGCUUUCUCAACGUAGCGCUGUGGCUACAGCAGCACCUCUAACACACGCGUACAACAAAUACGCAAUCGUUGUCAUUUUCGUGCCCAGUCACGGGAGUCACGGCGUUUGAAAUAAAUAGCUUUACUACCCGCA